AUAAACAUAUCUCUGAUGAAUCUUGUUCUUUUUCUUCCAGAGGAAUAUGGUUCUGUCUCCUCCACACCUGAUUCAACAUCUCCCUGCACUGAAGGUGGGAAUGACGAAUCUGAGCUGUACGACCUGCAGACGGCCAGGGAGUGGUCUGACGAAGAAGAUGGGGGUCCGGAGGAUGAUGAUGGUGGAGCUUCAUCCCCCUCCAUUUGGGGGACCCCGAGACAGAACUCCUUCGAGCCCACCUUCUCCUACAUCGCCAUCGCCGAGGCAGAGGCAGGCGGAUCCUCACGACAUCAUCGUGACUCAUCGUCAGGGAGCCGGCGGAGGAGCGGGGCCAGGGGAGGCCGCACCUCCCUGAGCCGCACGGACACCGUGGAAAUGCUCCUCCCUCUGGACUCCCCCGACGUGGAGUGGGACCCCCACGCCUUCCUCGCCCGAGAGGAGGAGGAGGAGGAGAGGGAACAGGAGGAAAGGGAAAGGGAGGUCCACAGACAGACUGAGACGGUCUAUGCAUCUCUCCUAGAUACUGAGAUUGAACCUCAGGAGAGGGACACAGAGACCCAGAGAGGGGAGACAGAGCCCCUGGAGCCCCGGCACUACAGUCCCUCAGACAGCCACCAGGCGGCAUCCCCGCCCCCUGAGCCUGAGUCCCUCGUAACCAUGGAAACCACCGUCACACUGCUCACAGCUGUGCGACCAAGAGGCGGCCUCACCGAUGACGUGCCAUCCACUUCCUCCACCUCCAUUGGUCGAAACACUCAGGAAGAGCUGGUCAGCGAACAGUGGUUUUCAGCGUUCAACCUAUCAGGCCCCGCGAUAUGCAUCCACGUAGCAGUGAUGGAUCUGAUCUACUGGAAGGACACAGAGCGUACAGGCAUGGUAUUCACAGGGCUGGUGGUUGGCCUGCUGUCCUUGUUCCAGCUCAGCAUCAUCACAGUCGUCUCCACCAUCUCCCUGGGCGUCAUGUGCUUCACCGUCUCAGUCAGCAUCUACUAUAAAAUCCUGCAAGUGCUCAACAUGGGAGACGGAGUGCACCCUUUCAAGGCGUAUCUGGAUCUGGAAAUGAGUUUCAGUGGGGAGCUGGCGGACCAAUACACGCAGAAGGCCAUCGUUACAGUCAUCUCUGCUGCUAACUCACUCAAGAAUCUCUUCCUGGUUGGAAACCUCUUUGACUCUCUCAAGCUCCUGGCUCUGAUGUACCUGGUGACUUUCCUGGGAGACCUGUGUAACGGCCUUACAGUGCUCAUCAUUGCUGUGAUCACUCUCUUCUCUCUACCGUUGUUCUACAGACAGCACCAGGCAAAAGUGGACAGCUUCUUUGCAGGAAUUCAGGCAAAGGUUGACAACGUCAAGGACAUUCUCCACAGAAUUGCCCAAGGUGGUGGCCCCGCCCCUGACCCAACCCCUGGCGGUGCGAAGCCCAAAACGCAAUGAAGAGUCAUGGCGGACAGGACAGGAGGAUGAGGAGCAGAGAAGAGGAGGAGUUACAGGCUGUCACUCAGAUGUCUUACUCAGCAGUCUGCUCAGAGCUCCAGAAGGCGGAGCUUCUGAGAUUGGGCAGGUUAUGUGGGGAGUCGAAGCAUGGGGGUUGGGACAUGAUGAUACUGUAUGGUGGGAUAGGGUAGGUUGCUASUGGGUGAGGAUGAGGAAACGGGAGUGAUAUCUGGACGGGAGUUGUUGCUGUUUUGAAGGAAGAUUUAAGACACAACUCAUGAUUGUUGGUACAGUGUUAAACGACCGACAUGGGUGAUUGUGGCUUGAAUGGUACCGGCAGCUGCAGUCCAGUAAAA